CACACCUGAUCAUGUAGUACACCAUGUUAUCGUACACACUGCUUAUGUGACGUGCUACUGUGACCAACGAUGUGAAACUCACAGGACCGUACCCUCACUGUCGAGUUUCACUGAAUGGUGAACCGUCCUCUACGAUCUGUAACCAACGAUAAGGCUUAUCACAUGUGAACGAUGGGUUGCUGUUCGUCGAAAGAAGUUAAGGAUUUCGACAACAUCAGCGAGAGCGAUGACAACAGGGAACCUUACACCGACGUUUACCACAACAACCCACAGGGCCUUGGCCUAAAACAGAGCACUGUUGACUUCAGAAGCACGCCGGUACCAGAUGAAGGGAUGCCGCGACCCUCGGUCCCUGUUGGUGAGGUGUGGACCGACCCAGAGUUUCCACUGGACGUUGCAAUAACUGACGAUUCCAGGAUGGACGUGGAAUGGAAGAGACCGCAGGAAAUCGUCCGAGAUCCCGUACUGUUUGCUGACGGCCCUUUCAGACUGGACAUUGAGCAAAGGUCUUUUGGAACUUGUUGGUUCUUGUCCAUGUUAUCAAGUCUUGCCGACAACCAAGAUCUCUGCAGAAGGGUCAUCAACGAUACCUCCUACAUACCAGAGACAGACGGAAUCUGUCACUGCAGGUUCUGGCAUUUCGGGAAGUGGAGGGACGUCUACAUCGACGACUAUCUUCCUGUAUUUGCCGGUUCAAAACAUUUGUAUGGCGCGGCAUCGGGAACGAACAGAAACGAAAUGUGGGUUCCUCUGAUGGAAAAGGCUCUCGCAAGAUUUCACGGGUCCUACACGUUGAUCAGAGGCGGCCUCUCCAGUGAUGCUUACCUGUUGUUGACGGGAGGAAUAUCGGAGAGGAUUGACUUUCUGAGAAACAACUCUAGACUUGCUCCUGCCGAACUGUACAGCCGAAUCAAGAUAGCACUCAGCAACGGGGCUCUGUUGACUUGUGGAGUCUCGAAAGACAAUCAUGGGCAGCUUGGAUUGAUGGGACCCCACUCCUACUCCCUAAAUGCCGCUUCCGUGGUGACGAGGCAAAACGGGGAAAAAGCAUAUUUGCUGAGAAUUCGAAAUCCACAUGGGACGCACGAAUGGGCAGGAAAAUGGAACGAUCAAGAUCCAGAAUGGGAAACCCUUAGAGAAGGUGGUGACAUAAAGACAAAUAGGAACGAGGGAGAAUUUUGGAUAAACUUAGAAGAUUUCCUUGAAUAUUUCUACCGGGUGACUAUUUGUUCGCAACUUCCAGACUUCGACAGGGACGGGCAGCCUGAUUCAUUAAAAUAUGUGUUGAAUAUAUUCGGUGAAUGGCGUGGAAAGACUGCCGCGGGUCCAGGACGAACUUUGAGGGAACGCCUUCGUAAUCCAAGACUAUCAUUUACAGUUCCUCGGAAAGGUUCCAGAGACAAAGAGCAUGUGCCUGUGCUGGUACAGCUCAUACAGAAGACGGACUUGAGGGAGUAUGCUGCCAUAUCCUGUGAUCUGUUCAAGAUGACCUACGCUAAUGAAGGGUCCAGCACGUACUACGUGUACCAGAUGGAAGACACUGAGUACAGGAACAGCUACUUCCCCAACCUGCAGGCUACAUUCCGCUACAUGCUCCCACCGGGCCGCUACAUAGUGGUCCCUUCCACCUACCAGCGUGGAGUUCACAAGGAGUUCCUCAUACGAGUGUUUUCACCUGGCCCAUUGCAUAAGUGCAGGAGCAUACCAAGUGAAGUAACUCUGAUACCAAGCCAUCAAUGGGAAUAAAUCUACUCAUCGACAUCACCAUCACCAUCACCAUCACCAACAUCAACAACAUCACCAACAUCAACAACAUCAUCAUCAUCAACAUCAUCAUCAUCAUCAACAUCAUCGUGUCUAGGAUUUUGCAUCGCUUGGACAGUAUUCACCAAGAAGCAUAUGACUGUGACUGUUGUCAGCAACUAUAAAACUUGGAAUACACGGGAUAGAACGAUACAGUUACUGAUUCCGUUGUGUGUGGAAACUGGGUAUUUCAUAUGCCCACGUCCGAUCAUCGGGUAUCAGCUGUUCCACAAGCCACCUUGCAGGGUCUAUGGAUCAUUCCCUCAGAAAUGUGUAACAAAGUGUGCUGUAGGACUUGUUGGCAUCUUGGACUGACAACUCCUUAAAUCUGAUAUAGCUAUCUUCCUUUAUUCCUUUUUUUUCCAAAUACGUAUGAAGAAAUCCAGUCUCGAAGGGGCCGACAUAUUGUUGUGCAAAACCUUUACUUUUUAAUAAUCUUAAAUAUGUUUUUGAAAUUAGGUUAUUAACCAUUUAGGAAAUAUUUAUUCGUAUAUAUCUGACAUAUUAGAAUAUACAGAUUUCGUUAUGUUGCCCGCAACUGAAUUAUUAUGUAGUGGUGCCUGCUCAAAUAUGAUGAUUCAUCACGUCAUGUAAGCUAUUGACUCAGGUUUCAAUAUCCUCAUCCAAAAUAAUGAAAUAAAGCUUUGCUUUCAUAUAUAUUAAUUGCUUGAUAUAUAUGACUUGUAAUAAUAGUUGCUUGGUUAAAGCUUCACCAUCAGUUGACAUGAGGAGAUCGGAUUUGUUUCCUGUCACUGUCAGUAAUACGUUAAUGUAUUAAUAAAUUAUAUAGAUAUCACAAAUAAAAUGUUAUACAAAUUCUUCUUUCAAA